CCGCCUCACAGGCAACAGGUCGCCGGCGCGUCCUGGCCCCGUCCCGGCCCGUCCCGCCGCCCCGGCCCGGCCAUGCCGCUGCGGCUGGCGCUCUGCCUGCUCGCCCUCUGCAGCCCCGCCGCCGCGCACGGUGGGAUCUGCUGGCUGCAGCAGGGGAAGGAGGCCAAGUGCACCAUGAUCCUGAAGACAGGCGUGACGUGGGAGGAAUGCUGUGCCAACGGCAAUGUGGAUGUGGCCUGGUCUAACUACACCUACCCCGGCAACAAGAUCAGCCUGCUGGGCUUUCUGGGGCUGGUGACCUGCCACCCCUGCAAAGAGAGCUGCGAGGGGGUGGUGUGCGGCCCCGACAAGGUCUGCAAGAUGAAGCACGGGCGUCCCCAGUGUGCCUGCGCCCCCGACUGCUCCAGCCUGCCCCGCAAGCUGCAGGUCUGCGGCUCCGACGGCUACACCUACCGAGACGAGUGCGACCUGCUGACGGCCAAGUGCAGAGACCACCCCGACCUGGAAGUGAUGUACCAGGGCAAAUGCAAAAAGUCCUGCUCCAGCGUGGUGUGUCCCGGCACCCACACCUGCGUGGUGGACCAGACGGGCAGCGCCCACUGCGUGAUGUGCCGGACGGCUCCCUGCCCCGAGCCCACCAGCCUGGACCAUGCCCUCUGCGGCAACAACAACGUCACCUACCCCUCGGCGUGCCACCUCCGGCGGGCCACCUGCCACCGCGGCCGCUCCAUCGGCGUGCGCCACUACGGGAGCUGCUCGGCCGCAGCCAAAUUCUCCCCGGAGACGGACAACGCGGAAGAGAACUACGUGUGAAUCCUCCCUCGCCGCGAGGCCAGACCCAGGAGACAGGGGCAUUAUGUGUAUAUUGUACAAACCAUAUACCUGAUAUUUAUUAAGAUAAAAAGAUCCUUAUUUAUACCUGUGUAUGUUAUGCAGUCGCAGGGGGGCCCGAUUCUUGGUCCUGCUGGCCGGGGAGCAGGGGAGGGGGCUCCCAGCCUGCGCGGCCGGAGUGACGCCGAGCCGCCCUGGGGAUGCUCCGGUGCCUGGCAGAGCUCUCGGCCGUCCGGCACCCGCUCCUGGGUUUGUACAGCCCUUCCUCGCGGCCGGCACGGCGCUGAGGGGGCGUCCGUGCUGUCGCGUGUUGGGCCUCCCCACGUGUCCUUGGCCGGCAGCCCUGGGCCUAUUUAUUUUUGGAUUGAAUUCUCGGUACUCUGCUGACGUUUCUGGCCGGGACCUCGAGGUCUAGAGGGAAUCUGCGCUUUCGCCUUCCCCGGAGGGGCUCAGCCCCAGCUGCCAGCAGCAGGAAAGGCAGCAUGGCGCUGCAUCAGAUUGGAGAUAGAUAGAUAAAUAUUUUUAUAUAUAUAUUAAAAAAAAAAAUAUAUGUGCUAUUUUCUCCUAAAGUUUUAGCAUGCGUAUGUUAAAACGGAUUUUAGUUUAGGUUUUCCCGGGCCCGUUCAGACCAGGCUCCUACCCAUCUUCAGAGGGGACUCCUGUGCCCCGAGGGCUGGUGCGAUGGCGGCCGGGCAGCGCCGCCCACCGUGGGCCAUGGCAGCCCUGACUGGGGGCUGAACCGUCCCCCCAGGCCCGCUGAGCCCACCGCUGCUGCGGGCGCCCCUGCCCAGAGCCUUCUCCAGCCCUCCCUGCCAAAACCACUUUGAAAGCAGCCUGGGGUGGGGGGGCUGGGGGGGGUCCGCGGCCCCCAGAGGCAUUUCCAGGGCCGGUGCUGGGUGAAGCAGCCGUGCGGUGCCCUGGGAUGGCGCUCAGCUCCCAACCCCACGGCAGAGCCACCGUGGGGACGCGGGGCCCGGUGGCCAUGGGGAGCACGGCUUGGCAGAGGGUGACAGGAGAGGGGUCAUGGCGCUGUCCCCCUGGGGACCCCCGGCCUGGCUCCCCCUCAGCCGCAGAGCCCCGGCCCCCACCUCCCGCACCCUCUGCUCUGUUGACACCGUCUGUAUUUAUUUUUACUUCUUCUCUCAUUUUGUGUGUUGUCACCUGUGUAAAUACCAUCUCAUCUCUGACACCGAGAAGCUAUCGCCUUUAUAUAAAUAUCAUAUAUAUAUUAUAUAUAUAUAAAUACCCUAUUUUCUAUUUUUGUAUGAUCGCGUUCUGAUUCCUGAGGCAGACGCUAUGGGAACAUACACAUUUCCUAUUUGGUAUUGUUAGGGGCAUUUUUAUGGCUGUGUUAC